AUGAGAAGACCAGUUAGUUUAAAAGUUGGUCUUUUAAAACUAACAAUCUUAUUCUCGGUAGGCCAGUUAAGUUCGUAUUUCACAACAAAAGAAUGGACCCGUGAGAAAAAAUCACUUUUGGGAAGCUUAGAGCAUAUUGAUGGUGGUACUGGUGCCUUGCUGUUUGCUUUCGACCAAUUAGUUAAAGCAUCUGAUCUAGAAUUCUAUUCUUUAUAG